CAGGACUUCGAAUAAGAAGAGACGGAUCUUGGGGUGGGCGGAGCCGUCGCCACACACCCCGGAUCUAUGGGGAAGAUGUUGUCAUCGCGGGCAUCUGGCUUCCUGAGUGGGUUGCGAGGAGGAAACUGUGCACCAGGUGGUGUGGAGAACCAGAGGGUCAGAGCGGUACGGCUCCCCUCCCAUCCCGGGGGCACGGCGGGCAGUGGGAGAGCUUGGGUCAGCCCAGGCGCCCCCCACCCCUUCUUUCUUUAACUGUAAACCGGAAGCCGGGACCCGGGUCUGGGCGAAAGGGACGCUAUGAUCACAGGAUUCCUGUCCCUGCUUUGCCUCGGGCUCUGUCUGGGUUAUGAUGAUGUUGAGCACAAGAAUGACACCCUCCCCAGGCCGAGGCCCUCCCUCCACGCCUCGCCGGGCUCCGUGGUUGGACGCGGUGGUAACGUGACCCUGAAGUGCCAGGGUCACUUGCAGAACCUGACCUUCAUGCUGGGGAAGUGGCAGGACCCUGGAUACAGGCGGGAGCAGAGCUCAGCGGGACUCGAUGCCGAAUUCCUCCUCACGCACCUGCAGCCUGAACAUGCCGGGAUGUACUUUUGUGCCUACAAGACCCCGGGCUCCCACGGGUGGUCGGAGAAGAGCGAGCACCUGCACCUGCAGGUCACAGACACCCUCCCCAGGCCGAGGCCCUCCCUCCACGCCUCGCCGGGCUCCGUGGUUGGACGCGGUGGUAACGUGACCCUGAAGUGCCAGGGUCACUUGCAGAACCUGACCUUCAUGCUGGGGAAGUGGCAGGACCCUGGGUACAGGCGGGAGCAGAGCUCAGCGGGACUCGAUGCCGAAUUCCUCCUCACGCACCUGCAGCCUGAACAUGCCGGGAUGUACUUUUGUGCCUACAAGACCCCGGGCUCCCACGGGUGGUCGGAGAAGAGCGCGCACCUGCACCUGCAGGUCACAGACACCCUCCCCAGGCCGAGGCCCUCCCUCCACGCCUCGCCGGGCUCCGUGGUUGGACGCGGUGGUAACGUGACCCUGAAGUGCCAGGGUCACUUGCAGAACCUGACCUUCAUGCUGGGGAAGUGGCAGGACCCUGGGUACAGGCGGGAGCAGAGCUCAGCGGGACUCGAUGCCGAAUUCCUCCUCACGCACCUGCAGCCUGAACAUGCCGGGAUGUACUUUUGUGCCUACAAGACCCCGGGCUCCCACGGGUGGUCGGAGAAGAGCGCGCACCUGCACCUGCAGGUCACAGAUAACCAUGACAGACUUGGAGCUUCCUCAGCAAAAACAGACAGCCGGGUCAUCUUCUUCACCGCCUUCAGCUGCCUCGCCAUCUUCCUCCUCUUCCCCUCCGUCAUCCUCAUCUACAGGCGCAGUCAGCCCGGCUCAUCCCAUGAAGAGUCCGCCAAGAGAACUAGACAUUCCGUAUUUCCCGAGGAGGAGGCCUCAGAUCUGCCGAAGCAGGAAAGGGCAUGGCUCUCGCUCUCGACCGAAGACCCCCAGGAAGGGACCGGUGCUGAUGGGAACAGCAAGGCUCCUGCCGAGGCAGCGGCAGCGUCUGUCCCGGCCGAGGAGCCCCCGGGACCUGGUGACUGUGCCACGUGAACGUGCAGGAGGCUGGCCAGAGCCUGGAGGAAGGACUUCUCCCCGGGAGGAGGGGCUUUGGGUUCAGGUGGCUGAGCCGACUGGACGUAAAUCCGCGCCACUCUGCCCUCGGCGCGUAAUCCGUACCAAUAAAAUGACGUUUUUGGUGUGUUUUUUU